GUUGGGGAAGAUGGCGGCGGCCGCGAGCACCCUUCUCUUCUUGCCGCCGGGGACUUCAGACUGAGCCUUCUCGGGAAGAGUGGGGACUGCAGGCGCCCUGCGUCCCGGGAGCCCGAACCAACUUGGUUCCUCUGUUAGUGGUGAGGAGGGGCAUAUCCUCUUGUGUAGGACUGAGGCCCUUCCCGCUGUCAGGAUGAAGGCUCAGGGGGAAACCGAGGAGUCGGAAAAGCUGAGUAAGAUGAGUUCUCUCUUGGAACGGCUCCAUGCAAAAUUUAACCAAAAUAGACCUUGGAGUGAAACCAUUAAGCUUGUGCGUCAAGUCAUGGAGAAGAGGGUUGUGAUGAGUUCUGGAGGGCACCAACAUUUGGUCAGCUGUUUGGAGACGCUGCAGAAAGCUCUCAAAGUAACAUCUUUACCAGCAAUGACUGACCGUUUGGAGUCUAUAGCAAGACAGAAUGGACUGGGCUCUCAUCUCAGUGCCAGUGGCACUGAAUGUUACAUCACGUCAGAUAUGUUCUAUGUGGAAGUGCAGUUAGAUCCUGCAGGACAGCUUUGUGAUGUAAAAGUGGCUCACCAUGGGGAGAAUCCUGUGAGCUGUCCAGAGCUUGUACAGCAGCUAAGGGAAAAAAAUUUUGAUGAAUUUUCUAAGCACCUUAAGGGUCUUGUUAAUCUUUAUAACCUUCCAGGGGACAACAAACUAAAGACUAAAAUGUACUUGGCUCUCCAAUCCUUAGAACAGGAUCUAUCUAAAAUGGCAGUUAUGUACUGGAAAGCAACCAAUGCUGGUCCCUUGGAUAAGAUUCUUCAUGGAAGUGUUGGCUAUCUCACUCCAAGAAGUGGGGGUCAUUUAAUGAACUUGAAGUAUUAUGCCUCUCCUUCUGACCUGCUGGAUGAUAAGACUACAUCCCCUAUCAUUUUGCAUGAGAAUAACGUUACUCGAUCUUUGGGCAUGAAUGCAUCAGUGACAAUCGAAGGAACAUCUGCUAUGUAUAAACUCCCAAUUGCACCAUUAAUUAUGGGGUCACAUCCAGUUGACAACAAAUGGACUCCCUCCUUCUCCUCAAUCACCAGUGCCAACAGUGUUGAUCUUCCUGCCUGUUUCUUCUUGAAAUUUCCCCAGCCAAUCCCAGUAUCUAGAGCAUUUGUUCAGAAACUUCAGAACUGCACAGGAAUUCCAUUGUUUGAAACCCAACCAACUUAUGUACCCCUUUAUGAACUGAUCACUCAAUUUGAGCUGUCAAAGGACCCUGACCCUAUACCUUUGAAUCACAACAUGCGAUUUUAUGCUGCUCUUCCAGGUCAGCAGCACUGCUAUUUCCUCAACAAGGAUGCUCCUCUUCCAGAUGGUAGAAGUCUACAGGGAACCCUUGUUAGCAAAAUCACCUUUCAGCACCCUGGCCGGGUUCCUCUUAUCCUGAAUCUGAUCAGACACCAAGUGGCCUAUAACACCCUAAUUGGAAGCUGUGUCAAAAGAACUAUUCUGAAAGAAGAUUCUCCUGGGCUCCUCCAAUUUGAAGUGUGUCCCCUCUCAGAAUCCCGUUUCAGCAUAUCUUUUCAGCACCCUGUGAAUGACUCCCUGGUGUGUGUGGUAAUGGAUGUGCAGGACUCAACACAUGUGAGCUGUAAACUCUACAAGGGGCUGUCAGAUGCACUCAUCUGCACAGAUGACUUCAUUGCCAAAGUUGUUCAAAGAUGUAUGUCCAUCCCUGUGACGAUGAGGGCUAUUCGGAGGAAAGCUGAAACCAUUCAGGCCGACACUCCAGCACUGUCCCUCAUUGCAGAGACAGUUGAAGACAUGGUGAAAAAGAACCUGCCCCCGGCUAGCAGCCCAGGGUAUGGCAUGACCACAGGCAACAACCCAAUGAGUGGUACCACUACACCAACCAACACCUUUCCGGGGGGUCCCAUUACCACCUUGUUUAAUAUGAGCAUGAGCAUCAAAGAUCGGCAUGAGUCGGUGGGCCAUGGGGAGGACUUCAGCAAGGUAUCUCAGAACCCAAUUCUUACCAGUUUGUUGCAAAUCACAGGGAACGGGGGGUCUACCAUUGGCUCGAGUCCGACCCCUCCUCAUCACACGCCGCCACCUGUCUCUUCGAUGGCCGGCAACACCAAGAACCACCCGAUGCUCAUGAACCUUCUUAAAGAUAAUCCUGCCCAGGAUUUCUCAACCCUUUAUGGAAGCAGCCCUUUAGAAAGGCAGAACUCCUCUUCCGGCUCACCCCGGAUGGAAAUGUGCUCGGGAAGCAACAAGGCAAAGAAAAAGAAGUCAUCAAGAUUACCACCUGACAAACCCAAGCACCAGACUGAAGAUGACUUUCAGAGGGAGCUAUUUUCAAUGGAUGUUGACUCACAGAACCCUAUCUUUGAUGUCAACAUGACAGCUGACACACUGGAUACGCCACACAUCACUCCAGCUCCAAGCCAGUGUAGCACUCCCCCAACAACUUACCCACAACCAGUACCUCAUCCCCAAUCCAGUAUUCAAAGGAUGGUCCGACUAUCCAGUUCAGACAGCAUUGGCCCGGAUGUAACUGAUAUCCUUUCAGACAUUGCAGAAGAAGCUUCUAAGCUUCCCAGCACUAGUGACGAUUGUCCACCCAUUGGCACCCCUGUUCGAGAUUCUUCAAGCUCUGGGCAUUCUCAGAGUGCCCUCUUUGACCCUGAUGUCUUUCAAGCCAAUAAUAAUGAAAAUCCAUACACUGAUCCAGCUGACCUUAUUGCAGAUGCUGCUGGAAGCCCCAGUAGUGACUCUCCUACCAAUCAUUUUUUUCCUGAUGGAGUAGAUUUCAAUCCUGAUUUGUUGAACAGCCAGAGCCAAAGUGGUUUUGGAGAAGAAUAUUUUGAUGAAAGCAGCCAAAGUGGAGAUAAUGAUGAUUUCAAAGGAUUCACAUCUCAGGCACUAAAUACUUUGGGGGUGCCAAUGCUUGGAGGUGAUAAUGGGGAGACUAAGUUUAAAGGCAAUAGCCAAGCUGACACAGUUGAUUUCAGUAUAAUAGCAGUGGCUGGUAAGGCUUUGGGUCCUACAGAUCUUAUGGAGCAUCACAGUGGUAGCCAGAGUCCUUUAUUGACCACUGGGGACUUAGGGAAAGAAAAGACUCAAAAGAGAGUAAAGGAAGGCAAUGGCACCAGUAACAGUAGUCUAUCAGGGCCAGGAUUAGACAGCAAACCAGGGAAGCGCAGUCGAACCCCUUCUAAUGAUGGCAAAAGCAAAGAUAAGCCUCCAAAACGGAAGAAGGCAGACACUGAGGGAAAGUCUCCAUCUCACAGUUCUUCUAACCGACCUUUCACCCCACCUACUAGUACAGGUGGAUCCAAAUCUCCAGGCAGUUCAGGAAGAUCUCAGACUCCCCCAGGUGUUGCCACACCACCCAUUCCCAAAAUCACUAUUCAGAUUCCUAAGGGAACCGUGAUGGUGGGCAAGCCCUCCUCUCACAGUCAGUAUACCAGCAGUGGUUCUGUGUCUUCCUCAGGAAGUAAAAGCCACCAUAGCCAUUCUUCCUCAUCUUCUGCUUCCAACUCAGGCAAGAUGAAAAGCAGUAAAUCAGAAGGUUCAUCAAGUUCCAAGUUAAGUAGCAAUAUAUAUUCUAGCCAGGGGUCUUCGGGAUCUAGCCAGUCCAAAAAUUCAUCCCAGUCUGGGGGGAAGCCUGGCUCCUCUCCUAUUACCAAGCAUGGACUGAGCAGUGGCUCCAGCAGCACCAAGAUGAAACCUCAAGGGAAGCCAUCAUCACUUAUGAAUCCUUCUUUGAGUAAACCAAACAUAUCCCCUUCCCAUUCAAGGCCACCUGGAGGCUCUGAUAAGCUUGCCUCUCCAAUGAAGCCUGUUCCUGGGACUCCCCCAUCCUCUAAAGCCAAGUCUCCCAUCAGUUCAGGUUCUGGUGGUUCUCACAUGUCUGGAACUAGUUCAAGCACUGGCAUGAAGUCAUCUUCAGGGUUAGGAUCUUCAGGCUCAUUGUCUCAGAAAACUCCCCCAUCAUCUAACUCUUGUACAGCAUCUUCCUCUUCCUUUUCCUCAAGUGGCUCUUCCAUGUCAUCCUCUCAGAACCAGCAUGGGAGUUCCAAAGGGAAAUCUCCCAGCAGAAAUAAGAAGCCGUCCUUAACAGCUGUCAUAGAUAAACUGAAGCAUGGGGUUGUCACCAGUGGCCCUGGGGGUGAAGACCCAAUGGACGGCCAGGUGGGGGUGAGCACAAAUUCUUCUAGCCAUCCUGUGUCCUCCAAACAUAACAUGUCAGGAGGAGAGUUCCAGGGCAAACGUGAGAAAAGUGAUAAAGACAAAUCAAAGGUUUCCACCCUGGGGGGCUCGGUGGAUUCAUCUAAGAAGACCUCAGAGUCCAAAAAUGUGGGGAGCACGGGUGUGGCAAAAAUUAUCAUCAGCAAGCAUGAUGGGGGAUCCCCCAGCAUUAAAGCCAAAGUGACUUUGCAGAAACCUGGGGAAAGUAGUGGAGAAGGGCUGAGGCCUCAGAUGGCCUCUUCCAAAAACUAUGGCUCUCCACUCAUCAGUGGUUCCACUCCAAAGCAUGAGCGUGGCUCUCCCAGUCAUAGUAAGUCACCAGCAUAUACCCCCCAGAAUCUGGACAGUGAGAGUGAGUCAGGCUCCUCCAUAGCAGAGAAGUCUUAUCAGAACAGUCCCAGCUCAGAUGAUGGCAUCCGACCUCUUCCAGAGUACAGCACAGAGAAGCAUAAGAAGCACAAAAAAGAAAAGAAGAAAGUAAAAGACAAAGAUAGGGACCGGGACCGGGACAAAGACCGAGACAAGAAAAAAUCUCAUAGCAUCAAGCCAGAGAGUUGGUCUAAAUCACCCAUCUCUUCAGACCAGUCCUUGUCUAUGACAAGUAACACAAUCUUAUCUACAGACAGGCCCUCAAGGCUUAGCCCUGACUUUAUGAUUGGGGAGGAAGAUGAUGAUCUUAUGGAUGUGGCCCUGAUUGGCAACUAGGAACCUUACAUUUUAAAGCAAAAACCAUGGCCAGAGAAAAACUAAGUGUAUAGGCAGAUCACCUAAGGAGUGAGACAGGUCUGAUUUUGUGUUUUAAGAAUCUUAAAUGGCAUGGCUUUGACACCAAGUGGGGUGAGUUUAGAAAGGCGUAGCCAGACCCUACUAAAGAGACCAUAGGGUUUGAUUCUGGUUACCACGAAUCACUUGUUCCUUUGCCAGAAAAAAAAAAAAGUUAAAAUACUUGCUUAUGAAAGGGAGGGGGUGGGAAGGGCUUAGGGAGAGGGAAGGGUGGGAAACAGUUUUGUGGGAAAUAUUCAUAUAUAUUUUUUCUCCCUUUUUCCAUUUUUAGGCCAUGUUUUAAACACAUUUUAGUGCAUGUAUUUGAAGGGCUGGGCAGAAAAUGAAAAAGCAAUACAUUCCUUGAUGCAUUUGCAUGAAGGUUGUUCACCUUUGUUUGGGUAGUUGUCCAUUUGAGGCGUGGGCAAAUGAAGGACUUUGGUCAUUUUGGACACUUAAGUAAUGUUUGGUUUCUGUUUCUUAGGAGUGAUUGGGGAGGGAAGAUGAUUUUAGCUAUUUAUUUGUAAUAUUUCAAUCCUUUAUCUGUUUGCUUUUAUACAGUGUUUUUUUUCUAAUUCUAUGAGGUUCAGGGUUCAAAAUGAUGGGAGGUGGAAGAACGAGGCUUAUUUGGUGGUAGGGAGCUUGUAGCUUGUGCUGGUACUGCAGUAUCAAGCUGAAGCAGAUUAGUCGGAGUCCACCUUUGGAGUUAAGUAGAAAACCAAAAUGGUAUUUUUGUUUUAGGAGGUUUUUCAUAGGGUUCAGACAUCAUAGGAAUAUUAAGAGUUAUCUUUCUGUGGAGGUAUUGAUUUACAGUUUCUUUUUCCUUUAAAGAAAGCUGGGCUGGCUUUUUGGGAUGUAAACGUGUUUUCAGAUGCAGUGAGGUUUAAAAGUGGGACAGCCUCCUUGAUCCAGUGGCAUGAAAACCAGUACAGAAUUAAUAGUUCUCCUAUUUCUACAAUGUGCCAAAAGUCCACAUCCCAGCAUUUUGUUUGUAGGAGAACUGAUGCCAUUCCUGAGAGCUGGGCUCCUUGUUUCCCUUCAUCACAAGGAUAAGGAGUCCAGACUUUAAUUAUUCCAUUGUAUGCUCCCUUAGAUAAAACAGUAAAAAAAUUUGCAGCCAUAGUUCACUUAAAACAGUUUCAAGCUCACUUGAAGUAAUGGGGGCCUGGAAUGCUAGGUGGGUAUGAAGAUAAACCCUUGCUACUAUGUAGCAACACAAUUGGACCUUUUUGGAGAAACAGGUCUGAGUCUGGAUUCUGGGGGACAUCAAUAAGAAGCCCUUCUCAUAAAUAUAGAAAUCCAGGAGACCAUUUGAGUGCAACACAAGUUCUCAGUAUUUGGAGGGUCCUCUCAAAAUUCUGCGGCCUUACUUUGAUUUUGACACCUGCACUGUGCCAUUCCUGAUGAUUCCAUUCAGGUUCUGUGUCAGCAGGAUGGGGCAUGAUCCCCAGCACAACUCUUCUGGAUUAAAAAAAAAAAAAAAAAAAAAGCCAGGUGAUUCAUUUGUGUGUGUGUGUGUGUGUGUGUAUGUAUGUAUGUAUGUGUG